AUGAGAGGAGAGCUGGACUCAGCUGUCCAUGAAUCAGGGAAAGGUCCUGAUGCCUCUGAGGCUGGGAGCAGAAAGGAACUGUGGGAACAAACUCUGCAAAAGAGCCCAGAAGACAACUUCCUUUCUCCAGAUGUGCAGUGCCUGCAAUUCAGGCACUGCCAUUACCAGGAGGCUGAGGGCCCCCGAGAGGUUUGCAGCCGACGCCACCGACUUUGUCUCCAGUGGCUAAAGCCAGAAAGGCACAGCCAUAAGGAGAUGCUGGACCUGGUGGUCCUGGAGCAGUUUCUGGCCGUCCUACCCCCAGAGAUGGGGAACUGGGUCAGGGAAUGCAGGCCAGAGACCAGUUGCCAGGCGGUGGCCGUGGCAGAAGGCUUCCUCUUGAGCCAGGCAGAGGAGAAGAAUGAGGACCAGCAGGUGCGGGAGAAGAUCACGCAGGAGCGUUUCCACAGAGCAGCUUUUCUGGAGGCUGAUUGUCCACAGAAGAAAUCCGAGGAAGAACCAGAACAACUAUUUGACACAAAGGAGCAGAAACGCAACAAUGGAACAAACCAGAAGAGGGAGAAUGAAUGCUCUGCCUCUGAGGGUGCUGAAUCCCAGCUUACUAAACAUCAACGUGUCCACACUGGGGAGAAACCGUAUAAAUGCUUGGAGUGUGGAAAGAGCUUUGCUCAGAGUACAGAUCUUAAGACCCAUCAACGUAUCCACACUGGGGAGAAACCGUAUAAAUGCUUGGCUUGCGGAAAGAGUUUUGCCCGGUGUAAAGAUCUUAGGACCCAUCAACGAACCCACACCGGGGAGAAACCAUAUAUAUGCCUUGAGUGUGGAAAGAGCUUUGCUUCAAGUUCGCAGCUUACUAAACAUCAACGUAUCCACACUGGGGAGAAACCAUAUAAGUGCUUGGAUUGUGGAAAGAGCUUUGUUCAGAAGGCACACCUUACUUACCAUCAACGUAUCCACACAGGGGAGAAACCAUAUAAAUGCUUGGAGUGUGGAAAGAGCUUUGCUUCGAAUUCGCAGCUUACUGUCCAUCAACGUAUCCACACGGGGGAGAAACCAUAUAAAUGCUUGGAGUGUGGAAAGAGCUUUGCUUCGAAUUGGCAGCUUGCUGUCCAUCAACAUAUCCACACAGGGGAAAAACCAUAUAAAUGCUUGGAAUGUGGGAAGAGCUUUGCUUCAAGUUCACAGCUUACUAGACAUCAGCGUAACCAUACGGGGGAGAAACCAUAUAAAUGCUUGGAGUGUGGGAAGAGCUUUGCUUCAAGUUCACAUUUUACUACGCAUCAGCGUAUUCACACUGGGGAGAAACCAUAUAAAUGCUUGGAAUGUGGAAAGAGCUUUGCUUUGACUUCACAGCUUACUAGACAUCAGCGUAUCCACACGGGGGAGAAACCAUAUAAAUGCUUGGAUUGUGGGAAGAGCUUUGUUUCGAAUUCACAGCUUACUGUCCAUCAACGUAUCCACUCUGGAGACAAACCAUAUAAAUGCUUGGAGUGUGGAAAGAGCUUUGCUCAGAGAGGUAACCUAGCUACUCAUCAACGAAUCCACACUGGGGAAAAAACAUAUAAAUACUUGGAUUGCGGAAAGAACUUUGUUUCGAAUUGGUGA